AUUAUGAGUAGUUUAUCGCAAUAAUAAUAAUCCUCGCUUCCUGUAAUCAAGAACAAAUUGCAUGUGGGUGAGAACCUCAUGUAUUAGAUUCACAAAAGAGCCUUGUAAGAAUAUCUAAAAAGUGGGAAUAUCGAUUAGAGAAUUGUGUCAAUGAAUUUACUAAAUGUAAGUUAAUUGAAGAAUGAAGAACUCAAUGUGUUGCACCAAUCUCUAAGUACAAAGAACUAAAAAUUGGAAGGAGAUGCAGGCAAAAUAUUGUCCAAGGUAUUUCCAUCAUCUCAUACUCUUUAGUUUAGACCGAAAGUAAAAUCUAAUGGGUUGCCACUCUAUUUCAAGAAACCUGAUUAUUCACAUGAAGAUCAAGAACUCAACCAAUUGGAAGAACAUCUGUACAGAAUUCUGUUAUGAAAUUAGCAAAAUCGUACUCAAAUCCAAAUUGAACACCUGCAAAGUCUUUAAUGGAACCUAUCUCGUGGAUCCAUCGAUCUAAGAUCUUCAAAGGACCAAUCAAAAAUCUAAACCACCUCAACAACUCAUAUACUUCCCAGCCAUCAAACGACAACCAAGCCAAGGUAAUCUAAGAGACACUCAAUAAAUCAAACAAGUUGUCAAUUAAAGAUUGCAUGAUUCCUAAUUAACUUUGCAAGAACUAAGAGAAAGAUAUAAAGAAUCUAAGUUGACUGACUUCUAAAAGUAUUUUUUUUAAUUGAUUGAUGAGGGGGAUGUCGGUGAAUUGCAAUCUUUAUUCAAACAAAAGGAAAUAUCCUAAAACAUUCUUAAUAGUCCAAAUCAUAAAGGUUACUACCCUGUUCACUUGGCUAUCAGACAAAAGGAUCCUCAAUUAUUUAAGUUGUUCUUGCAAAACGGUGCUGAUUUGAGUGUGUUAACAAGGAAAAAGAAAUCGAUCAAAUAAUUAUUAGAAAUUUAUUAUAAUGAUGAAAUCUACGAAUUAAUUAAUGGAAAGAAGAAAGGGAAACUACAAUUAUGA